UGCGUUUUGCCGUGUCGUGUCGUGCCGCGUGUGUGGAGACAUAGCUUUAGUGAUUAGGGCGAGCUGUUUUGGAAAUGUUGCAUAUUGAGCGAGCUGUUUAGGCUUUGCAUUUUAUUAUGAGAUUAACAACAAGAGACACAAACGUAAUAGUGACAAGAGCGAGCUGUUUUGGAAAUUGAAUUGAUGCUUGUUGAUCAAUAAUUCUAUAAAUAAUCAGUUUCUCUGAUUGUUUAAUCAGUUCAGAGUAAAAUCUAGAAUUAUCUUUCAACUAUGGCUGAGACACCUACACCAACAACGCCCGAUUCCAGGAAGCGAAAGAUGAAGAGUUAUACUGUAGCUUACAAGCUUGAAGCCAUACAGUGGUUUAAAGAUGGCAACUCAAAGGAAGCUACAGCGAGAAAAUUCAAUGUUGAUUCAAAACGCAUCAGAGAAUGGGUGAAGCAGGAGGAGAAGCUACGAGCAGCAAACCAUGGCAGCAACAGCAAACGACGGAAGCUUGAUGGAGGGGGGCGCAGGCCUCUUGAUGAGAACCUGGAGACAGAGCUGGUCCAGUGGAUCGAAGACCAGAGGGCCCAGAGACUACGAGUCACCAGGAAGAGAGUCCAGCGCCGAGCACUGGAAUUGUUUGAUCACGAGAACGCCGACUCCCCCUUUGUAGCCAGUCGAGGAUGGUUGGAAAAAUUCUUCAACCGCCAUGGGAUCACCCUCCGACGACGCACCACCCUCGCACAGAAAGUUCCAGACGCUGUCAUCCCCAAACUGAUGUCGUACUUCUUGUUCGUGCGGUCAUUGUGUUUGCGGUUUUUGUUUCAAGACUCGCAGAUCGGCGCCAUGGACGAGACCCCGGUGUGGUUCGACAUGCCAGGGGACACCACUGUGGACUUCACUGGUACCAAGUCGAUACCACUGAAGACAACUGGUCAUGAGAAGUCGCGAAUUACAGUUGUCCUGGCUGCCAAAGCCAAUGGUGUAAAGUUACCGCCCUUUAUUGUGUUUAAAGGUGUUCGAAAAGACAAAGAGUUAGACAAUACUCGCAGAUCGGCGCAUGGACGAGACCCCGGUGUGGUUCGACAUGCCAGGGACACCACUGUGGACUUCACUGGUACCAAGUCGAUACCACUGAAGACAACUGGUCAUGAGAAGUCGCGAUAUACAGUUGUCCUGGCUGCCAAAGCCAAUGGUGUAAAGUUACCGCCCUUUAUUGUGUUUAAAGGUGUUCGAAAAGACAAAGAGUUAGACAAUGUUCGUGGUGUUGUUUCUGUCAUGUCAUCCAAUGGGUGGAUGAACGAAGACCUCACACUUGUCUGGUUAACGAAAGUGUGGGGCGCCCUGGCAUUCGGCAAACGCCUGCUGGCAUGGGAUGCUUUUCGAUGCCACAUUAUGGACACUGUCAAGGACAAACUUCGGCGGCUGAACACGGAGAUGGCGGUCAUCCCUGGUGGGUGCACUGGACUGGUCCAGGCGCCAGAUGUUUGUUGGAACCAGCCAUUCAAGACGGCAUGCCGAGAACAGUACGACGAGUGGAUGGCCAACGGGGAGAAGUUUUAUACCAAGGGGGGCAACAUGAGAGCUCCUCCAAAGUGA